AUGCUACUAUACACUGAAGCUGCGUUUCAGUCUACUACAAAAGUUGCCAAAUGGGUGUACUGUGAUAAUCAUGUAAAACAAAACACUAUACUUUCUGGUCUUAUGGACGAUUCAUUGUUUCAAUCAUUAAUCACGUUAAUGAAUAAUACAAAAAUACAAUCUAACUUAUCACAAAAUCAAGGGUUUGUUAACUACAUACCAUUACAUAAAAAUAACCAAAAAAUUACAAAUAGAUUAAAGAAUAUGAAUUGCAUAAAGUUCUAUCUAACAUCAUUUGUAAUUAUUGUAAUUUCUAUUGUAUUGAUCAAUUGUAAUCGAAUGAUACAUGAAUAUGAUGAACGUCUAAUGGAUUCAACUAAUUCAGAUUACAUGACAGACAUUCCCAGUGGAGAAUUAUGGUUUAAACGCGUACAUGAACAUAGAUUUAAUAAAAAGAAUAGAUUACCAAUAUCAGUAAAACGUCCACAGAAAUCAGCCAAUUAUUAUUAUGAUCUUUAUCGACAAUCAAUGUUACCGACAAAUGAAUUUCUUGGUUAA